ACGCGGCUCCACGGACCGCCAAUGCUGCUGCCUCCCAGAGCAGAGGGAGGCAGAAGAGGAGGGAGGGAGAGGAGGGAAGGGAGGGGGAGGCGGUACUUGGGCUGCAGCUCCCAACCAGAGGCAGUCUCUCGCAGCUCUUGGAGGGACCAGGAGAGGCAGCCGCGGAGUAGGAUGCUCUGCGGAGUGCCCUGAGCCAGGGGCGCUUGAAGCAGCUUCUGGGACUGGGGCAACUGGGCAGCUUUCACCAUGCAUCAGUCCCUGACUCAGCAGCGGUCCAGCGACAUGUCCCUGCCCGAUUCCAUGGGAGCCUUCAAUCGGAGGAAACGAAACUCCAUCUAUGUCACCGUGACUUUGCUUAUUGUGUCCGUGUUAAUUCUCACGGUGGGCCUUGCUGCAACCACCAGGACCCAGAAUGUGACUGUUGGAGGUUAUUACCCAGGAGUUAUCCUCGGCUUUGGAUCAUUCCUUGGGAUCAUCGGAUCAAACCUUAUUGAGAACAAACGGCAGAUGCUGGUGGCCUCUAUCGUGUUUAUCAGCUUUGGUGUGAUUGCGGCUUUUUGUUGUGCCAUAGUGGACGGGGUCUUUGCUGCCAGACACAUUGAUCUGAAACCACUCUAUGCUAAUCGGUGCCACUAUGUCCCCAAGACAUCCCAGAAGGAAGCUGAGGAGGUGAACUGCCCUCACCUCAGCCGUGGAUUCUGCACACCUCGCAUCCGGGGCAACACCUGCUUCUGCUGUGACCUCUACAACUGUGGCAACCGGGUGGAGAUCACAGGUGGGUACUACGAAUACAUCGAUGUCAGCAGUUGCCAGGACAUCAUCCACCUCUACCACCUGCUCUGGUCUGCCACCAUCCUCAACAUUGUCGGCCUGUUCCUGGGAAUCAUCACUGCUGCUGUCCUUGGAGGAUUUAAGGACAUGAAUCCAACUCUCCCGGCACUGAACUGUUCUGUUGAAAACGUCCAUCCAACUGUUUCUUACUAUGCUCGUCCCCAAGUGGCAUCCUACAAUACCUACUAUCAUAGCCCUCCUCACCUGCCACCAUAUUCCGCUUAUGACUUUCAGCACUCCACUGUCUUUCCAUCCUCCCCUCCCUCUGGACUUUCUGAUGAGCCUCAGUCUGCCUCUCCCUCACCCAGCUACAUGUGGUCCUCGAGUGCACCGCCCCGUUACUCUCCACCCUACUAUCCGCCUUUCGAAAAGCCACCACCUUACAGUCCCUAAAGAGGAAUGCCUGCUGGCUAUUGAGAUUAUUGUGGCUUUUGUAUUUCUGCUGUAGUGGGAGUGUGUGGGGUAUGAAAUUUAAAGUGUGACUCUUAUGCAUAAAGUUUUACGAUGGCCUGCCAAGCUAGGGAAAGAUAGGGAUGAAGCUUACUUGUUACCAGUGCAAAGCAAGGGUGGAUAGGCCAAACCGAGCACUUCCAAGAAGGACAGCUCACUCUCUCUAAGCAAGGCUGGGGAGACAGCCCAGCAAGAAGCUUGCGUGUUUGGACCUGCAUUACCCUAGGCUCCACCUCUGUAUUCAGCAGAAGCGUGGUUGCCAUCUGUUUCACUUUAUGUAAAGGAGUGCUGUCGUCAGGCCAUUGGCAGUUUGCCACCCUAAGCACCUCGGUUGAAGCACCUGGUUUAUAGGCCCUAUCUUUCCCUACCGCUGAAGUCAGUCCCUAAGAAAAAUGUCCUAGCUAAUGGGGUUACACAAUAGUUCUAAUACAGAGAAUUCUGGCUAAGAUUUUGUUUGCCUACGUCUGGAUGUUGAAAAAAGCUGCCCAUCUCUCUUACUCCUUUCUUCUCUGUGAGUAUCGUAAAAGUGGCUGUUGUGAUCAUUCAGCUCAACUUUUGUUAUUGGUACCUCCUAAAGGGAAAAGUGCAAUAUUCGUGCAUCUUUAGUGGGGGACACAAUUGAUUGUUCCGGAAAGCACUGAAAUAUAGAACGACAUGAGAUGUUUAAGUAGAUCUCAGUAAUACAGCUGAUAACUUAGGAGAUGGUGUACAUGUUGUGCUAUUACAAAAUAUAUUUGCUACAGGAGAUAAAAAUCUUAUGGUUGAAAUUCACAGUUUAAAACUGUUAGAUUAGGUUCUGGGGUCGUGAUAUGAGCUGUUACUAAUCUUUGUGACUAUUUAAUCUUCAAAUAUUGUGCUUCAACCCCAGCAAACCGCACGUAUCCUGCACCCUACCCCAAAAGAAUCAUCUGUAUUUUAAUGCCACUGCUCUUACUGGCCCUUUUUUUCUGUUGAGACCAAUCAUGACAGCAUUCAAUUCAAGAUUAUGAAAGUGUUACAAUGUCGCUUCAAGUCUGCAAAACCUCAUAUGUAGCCAACUUGACAAAUACUUAAGUGUUACGGUAGAUUUAAAAUCCAUCUGGCACAUUGUGGUAGGUAUUUGUAUAGUUGUUUUAAUUAUAGCUUUAAACCAUCAACCUGAUGAGUUUAAAACACUUUUGCACCCUUCACUUCAGAAUGAACACUUUCGUUGUGAUCUGAUGUUAACUUGAGAAUUGAUUUAAAGGAAGAUUGAUAAUCCUAUACUUAUAUAAAAAUACAGGGGCUACAGGAGGGUUCCUAAUUAGACAGUUCUGCAAACACAGAACACAUACCGGAUAAUUUUCCAGCCAAUUUCGCUACCUCCCAACUUGAUGGAUUAGAGGUAGCAGACAAAUGCUGGUGCUCCCAUCUACCUUGUAGACACCCAGCCAUCAAGAAUCAAGGCAUAACAUGUGCACUCACUUAUUGCUCACAGUAAAUGUUUCAAAAAUAUUCAGUUUAAUUUUCAGCAUCAUGGAUGUUGUCUUAUCCAGAUUUCAAAUCUGAAAAACUCUCUAAUCCUUUUGCGUUAUACAAAAUUACUAUGAUUUUUUUACAGUUCUAAGCAUAUUAAAAUUUUAUUGGAUUUCAAAAAGGGACUAAUAACCAAUUGACUUACUAUACAAAUAUCAGCGUGUAAUACUCAAUGAAUUUUUUUGCCAUUUAUACUUUAUCUUUUGCUUUAGUGAAUGUGCAUAUUUAAUUUUUUAAAGGCACCAUUACACAGUAUAUCCUACAUUUAUCACAUUUCUUAAAGGGUUAAGAUUCUAUGACUCAUUUCUAUGUAUUUUUCUUUACAAAAUAACUUGAAACAGUAUAGAUUUUGUAACACUUAAUUUGAGCAGCUUUUUUUUAUUACAUUGAAUUAUAUAAAGUGCAUGUUCCCUUAGAAAAAUUAAUAUUUGCUGCUUUACUCUUUUGCAAAACAUUUGCUGUAACGAAGGAGUUUGUAUUUCCAACAUAUAUCUUGACUGCAUUUUGUAAUAUUUACUGCUUUAUUCCUAAUUCUGCUUUAAAGUAUUGAACUGGGCAUGAAACAUUAAAAUAUUAACCCAGAACCUGUAUAAACUGGAUAUUGCUUAAAAUCUGUAUCACUGCCAUGUUGGAAACCCAGACUGCUUUUGUGAUGUUUCAAAUUAAUAAAACCAUCCUCCCUCCUUA